CACACGCAGACCCACGACCGCCCCCGGGAUGCUGCGCCACGCCACCUCCACGGCUGCCGCCGUGGCGCUAAUGUUCUUCUGGGUCGUCGCAGUUUCCGACGGUACGGAGACGGGCAAGCUGGUGGAGCGGUUCGCGUGGCGGCAGCUCGACUUCGCCUACCCUGACGCGCAGUCGCGCCAGAACGCGCUGCGGACCGGCGACUUCAUCCCAGAGAACAACCUGCCCGUCGGCAUCGAGGUCUGGGGCGACAAACUCUUCGUCACGGUGCCGCGUUGGAGGCAGGGAAUUCCGGCGACGCUCAACUACAUCCCUCUGUCGACGGCGUCGCCCGACUCCCCGCAGCUGAUCCCGUAUCCCGACUGGGAGACCAACCGAGAGGGCAACUGCAACGGCCUCACCACCGUCUACCGAAUCAAGGCUGAUGCCUGUGACCGGCUGUGGGUGUUGGACGUGGGCACCGUGGGGUACGACAAUACCACGGAGAACGUGUGCCCAUACUCCAUCAACGUGUACGACCUGCACACCAACAGGCGCCUCAGGCGCUACCAGCUGCGCCCCGACGACACCAACAGCGACACCUUCAUCGCCAACAUCGCAGUCGACAUCGGCGCCAGCUGCGACGACACCUUCAUGUACGCUUCUGACGAGUUGGGCUACGGACUCGUCAUCUAUAGCUGGGAGCAGAACACGUCGUGGCGGGUGACGCACCCUUUCUUCCUGCCGGACCCGCUGCGCGGCGACUUCAACAUCGCGGGCAUGAACUUCCAGUGGUGGUCGGAGGGCGUGUUCGGCAUGGCGCUGACGCCCCCGCAGGAGGACGGCUUCCGCGUGCUGCUCUUCCACCCGCUGGCCAGCCACAGGGAAUUCGCCGUCUCGACACGCGUGCUGCGCGACCGAUCGCUCGUCGACAGCAACUUCCACUACUUCCAGAACCUCGGCGAGCGCGGACCCAACGGUCACGUGACGGCGCAGUACAUGGGCGACGACGGAAUCCUCUUCUUCAACCUGAUCGACCAGAACGCCAUCGGCUGCUGGGACGGCCGCAAGCACUAUAGGCCGCACAACAUGGCUGUCGUCGACAAGGAUGACGAAGCGCUCGUCUUCCCCAGCGACGUCAAGGUGGAUCGCGCUGGCAACCUGUGGGUGAUGUCUGACCGCAUGCCGGUGUUCCUGCUGGCGGAACUGGACUACUCCGACGUGAACUUCCGCAUAUUCUCCGGCCCGGUCAGCACGGCGAUCGCUGGCACCCCGUGCGACCCCUCCGUCGGCGAGUUCUCCGGCCCCCCGCUGGUCUCCAGGUUCCAGGAGGACGGCGCCGCCCGCUACACGCAGGACCUGUACCAGCGACAGCCCUUCGGCACGUUCGACCAGCCGCUGCCCUCAUACGGCAAAUGGACGCUGCCGCUCUCUAGCUCCAGGUCACCGUACGUGGCGCCAUCGCCGCGCGUACAGCACCCACGUUUUGGAGCGCCCACGGCGGUGGGUCACUUCACCCUCUAGGGAUGAUCUGAGAACGAUCGGCAGGCGCACGUGAUAUGGGAGCUGGCGUAUGUCUGGAACAGUGCUCUUUUGUACCAGCGCGUUGGAGUGUUGAGUAAAUAACAACUGCGUCAUUGGCGUGUGUCAAGAUACCAACUUGUGCUAUAGUCGGAAAAUCCCGUCAUGUACAUGACAUUCAGUGAGGAUCUAUUAACAGCCUCAGUUAUUGUGUCAAACAGGGUAAGGUCAAAUUACGUAUGCGCCAAACUGAAGUUUCAUGCUCACCAAAGAUCGAAAAACUUAACCUCUUCCGUCAUCUUUCAAUCAUAUCUCUUUACAAUAAUAAAAACAU